AUGGGGGAGGGAGGAGAGAAAGAGGAUGGGGGAAGGGGAGAGAAAGAUGAUGGGGAGGGGGGAGAUAAAGAGGAUGGGGAGGGGAGGAGAGAAAGAGAAUGGGGAGGGGGACAGAAAGAGGAGGGGGAGGGGGGAGAGAAAGAGGACGGGAAGGGGGAGAGAAAGAGGAUGGGGAUUGGGGAGAGAAAGAGGAUGGGGAGGGGGAGAGGAAGAGGAUGGGGAGGGGGAGAGAAAGAGGAAGGGGAGGGGGAGAGAAAGAGGAAGGGGAGGGGGAGAGAAAGAGGAAGGGGAGGGGAGGAGAGAAAGAGAAUGGGGAGGGGGACAGAAAGAGGAGGGGGAGGGGGGAGAGAAAGAGGAUGGGGAGGGGGGAGAGAAAGAGGACGGGAAGGGGGAGAGAAAGAGGAUGGGGAUUGGGGAGAGAAAGAGGAUGGGGAGGGGGGGGGAGAGACAGAGGAUGGGGAGGGAGGAGAGACAGAUGAUGGGGAGGGGGGAGAGACAGAGAAUGGGGAGGGAGGAGAGACAGAGAAUGGGAGAGGGAGGCGAGAAAGAGGAUGGGGAGGGGGAGAGAAAGAGGAAGGGGAGGGGGAGAGAAAGAGGAAGGGGAGGGGGAGAGAAAGAGAAAGGGGAGGGGAGGAGAGAAAGAGAAUGGGGAGGGGGACAGAAAGAGGAUGGGGAUGGGGGAGAGCAAGAGGACGGGGAGGGGGAGAGAAAGAGAUGGGGAUUGGGGAGAGAAAGAGGAUGGGGAGGGGGAGAGGAAGAGGAUGGGGAGGGGGAGAGAAAGAGGAAGGGGAGGGGAGGAGAGAAAGAGAAUGGGGUGGGGGACAGAAAGAGGAUGGGGAUGGGGGAGAGAAAGAGGAUGGGGAUGGGGGAGAGAAAGAGGAUGGGGAGGGGGAGAGAAAGAUGAUGGGGAGGGGGGAGAGAAAGAGGAUGGGGGAGGGAGGAGAGAAAGAGGAUGGGGGAAGGGGAGAGAAAGAUGAUGGGGAGGGGGGAGAUAAAGAGGAUGGGGAGGGGAGGAGAGAAAGAGAAUGGGGAGGGGGACAGAAAGAGGAUGGGGAUGGGGGAGAGAAAGAGGACGGGAAGGGGGAGAGAAAGAGNGGGGAGAGAAAGAGAUGGGGAUUGGGGAGAGAAAGAGGAUGGGGAGGGGGAGAGAGACAGAGGAUGGGGAGGGAGGAGAGACAGAGAAUGGGAUGGGAGGAGCGACAGAGAAUGGGGGAGGGAAGAGAGACAGAGAAUUGGGAGGGAGGAGAGACAGAUGAUGGGGAGGGAGGAGAGGAAGAGAAUGGGGGAGGACGGAGAGACAGAGAAUGUGGGAGGGAGGAGAGAAAGAGGAUGGGGGCGGAAGAGGGAAAGAGGAUGGGGAGGGGGGAGAGACAGAGAAUGGGAGAGGGAGGAGAGAAAGAGGAUGGGGAGGGGGAGCGAGACAGAGGAUGGGGAGGGGGGAGAGACAGAGAAUGGGAUGGGAAGGAGCGACAGAGAAUGGGGGAGGGAAGAGAGACAGGGUAUUGGGGGGGGGGAGAGACAGAGGAGGGGGAGGGAGGAGAGACAGAGAAGGGGGGAGGGAGCAGAGACAGAGGAUUGGGGAAGGAGGAGAGACAGAGAAUGGGAGAGGGAGGAGAGAAAGAGGAUGGGGAGUGGGGGGAGAAAGGGGAUGGGGAGGGGGAGAGAAAGAGGACGGGAGGGGGGAGAGAAAGAGGAUGUGGACGGAAGAGAGAAAGAGGAUGGGGAGGGGGAGAGAAAGAGGACGGGGGAGGGAGGAGAGAAAGAGGUGCAAAUAGUUUUAAAGGAAAACUUGUUUGA